AUCUACGGAGCCGUUGCUUGUCUCUUCCGCGAUCGGAAAAACAUCAGUUCGAAUAAGAGUCGAGACGAUCGGUGGUGUACUUUGAAGCACGUAACGUGGCGCGCUCAACGUAACUUUUUUCUUUAUCGGAAUUCACGGCGCGUCACCGCGACACAACUUGGACAAAAAGACAAACGUUCUCGACGCGGCUUUUCCGUGCAUCAUCGCUCUCGGUUUUUUUGGCGAUUGCGGUGUACCUGAGCAAACAGCACCUCGUUUCUGUUCGGCGACGUUGAGCUAGGAGCGCAAUUCGCAACACAACAGGAACGCACAGUACGGGAGUGUAAAAUGUCGCGCGAGGAAGAAGAAACCACACACAUACCCGAUGUGAUAUAUGAUGCGAACACCGGCAAGAGCUACAUGAAGGGUCGGUUUUUCGGAAAGGGUGGUUUUGCAAAAUGUUACGAGAUCACAGAGUCGAAAACGCAUCAAGUAUAUGCUGGGAAGAUAGUGCCAAAGUCGUUGAUGGCAAAGAGCAAUCAGAGGGAGAAAAUGACGACGGAGAUUGCAAUUCAUCAGACCUUGAAUCACAAAAACAUUGUCGGCUUCCAUGGCUUUUUCGAUGACUCUCACAAUAUAUACAUUAUUCUUGAACUUUGCCGAAAAAGAUCAAUGAUGGAAUUACACAAACGCAGGAAAGCAUUGUCAGAAUGUGAAACUCGAUAUUUUAUGAAACAAAUCUUGGAGGGCGUGCACUAUUUACACAAGAAUAAGAUAAUUCACAGAGAUUUAAAGUUAGGCAAUCUAUUUUUGAAUGACGACCUGCAAGUUAAGAUCGGUGAUUUUGGAUUAGCAACUAAAUUGGUACACGAAGGGGAACGAAAAAAAACUGUUUGCGGUACUCCGAAUUAUAUAGCGCCGGAAGUGUUGACAAAAGUCGGACACUCGUUUGAGGCCGAUGUGUGGAGUAUCGGCUGUAUAAUGUACACCUUGCUCGUGGGUAAGCCGCCUUUCGAGACAUCAAGUCUGAAAGAGACAUAUGCUAGAAUUAAAAUGGUGCAGUACAAGGUGCCUCAGCAUAUCAGUAAACCCGCCGGGAACAUGGUGGCGAAUAUGUUGCAGCUGUAUCCUUCGAAACGUCCAAGCGUCAAUAAACUGAUGAAAGAUGUCUUCUUCACUUCUGGAUACAUGCCAACGAGCUUGCCGCUCUCUUGCCUGACAAUGGCACCGCGUUUGGACAUGCUCGAGUUGCAUUGCAAUCGUAAGCCACUCGGCGAAAUGAAUCUUAAUGGCUACUCAGAACAGGAUAUCCUCGCCUCCAGAGUACCAAGUCCGUUACGAAAAACGAAGACCACCACUGAAUGCACGAGUGCUCAAAGAGCUACCGAAAUCACGAAGAUGUUGUCUACAUUGAGGGCGCAACUGGCCACCGUACUGAAAGCCAAACCCGCUAAAGAGAUAGCUUCUUCAGCAGUCGCAGAUGAGCUGACCGAUCCAGCGGCGCAGCCUGUGAUCUGGAUUAGCAAAUGGGUAGAUUAUUCGGAUAAAUACGGCUUCGGAUAUCAAUUGUCUGACGACGGUAUCGGCGUAAUGUAUAACGACGGCACCCGUUUGAUCAUGUUGGCCAACGGCUUCAAUAUUCACUACAUCAAUCGUGAGGGCGAGGAGGUGUACUAUACGGUCAAGGAGUUCCCGGAGCAUCUUGAGAAGAAGAUGAAGUUGAUGAAUUUCUUCUUCAAGUACAUGAACGAACACUUGAUGAAAACAGGCGGUUCCGUCGCGGUAAAGCAGAGUGACGCUCUCUCUAGAAUACCUUACAUGCAUCAGUGGUUCAGAACACAGUCAGCUGUGGUGAUGCAACUUACUAAUGGCACAGUGCAAGUCAACUUCCAAGAUCACACGAAGAUCAUCAUGUGCCCGCUAAUGUCCGCGGUUACCUACAUUGAUCACGACAAGAACUUUAGAACUUAUAGAUUCCAGACCAUUCGGGAACGAGGUUGCUGCGCGAGAUUAGCAAAGAAUUUGGAGUACGCGUAUCACAAAAUCGGACUGAUGCUGGAGAAUAAUGUUCGAUAAAAUUCGCCCGUGGCGAAAAGGAACAAUGAAAGAAAUAAAAUAAAUCAAGUGCUGUUGCCCUUUAUAGCACGAUAAACUAAUUCAGAAACGCGUCACACAUAUAUAAUUUAUUUUCUGACAAAUGUUUUUUUAUAUGAAUCCGUAAAAAGAAAGAGAAGAAAACAGCUGCUAGAGAAGAGAAAACGGGAGUUUUGCACUUGUAUUCUCCCUCUCUGCUCAAUUUUUGUAUAGACGUAUAGAAUUUUGCUAGGCGAUUUUUUUUAUCACUUUUUUUUUUUUUUUUUUUUUUUUAAAUCACUU